CAACUAAUGAAGGUGGGUUGGGGGUUGAAAUCUUGGUACAGUCGCAAGAAGGACUCCGCGAGAUUUUGCUUGGUUUGAUUCGGACGGACGUUCAAAGGAGAGAUCACUUUAUCUUGCCUAGCCUCAAGGCGAAACGUGUAUAUUACACAUUCAUAGCAGCUAUCAAAAGUUUCUAGGCUUCCCCAGGGGAAACGGCCUCUGAUACCGACAUGUUUUGAUCCUCUAGAGGACUCGUCCGUGUUAAACCAGGCAAGUUGUGAGUAUGAGCUCCUCUAACUCUGCCUUGCCAAACUGACCACUAAUUCCAGCAAGCCCUUUCCAGAUAAAAGUUUGUCACAAAUUGCUCAUUUCAAGGCUUCCUUCCAACCUGUGAUUUUUCCAUUUGUAGUGACUAUUGGCCUAGGCUUUGUUGUCUCCGAAUGGGCUACAUGGGGCCCACGCCAAUGACCUUUGGGCUGUUAUCAACAUAUAGGAGACUGCACAUAAUCAGUAUCGAGGCGGAAAGAUAUGACGAGGCUCUCUUGAUGAGAAAUCUCGUCAAGCAGUCCGCUAAAGAUAUGGAAGUUACAAAUCGAAAAGAAGCCACGAAGUGAACAAUUAUUAAGCCCCCUCAGGGGACGGCAAUAUCAACCUCCCACCUCCUACCCACAUGAUAUCUGCUCAAUAGCAUCACCACCUGCUCCCCGAGUUCUCUCGUCGUAUGCUGUAAACCUUUCCAAAGGCCUCCUCUCUCCCACACACCACCCACCCCCCUUAAGCCUCCCCAAACGU